UCCAAACUGUGAAGACAUGCAGAGAAAAGACCAGAGAUUACCGUUCCAGAUCUUCCCUGGCCAUGACCACGCAAAGGAGCGCCUGCCCUCCAUCGUGGUGGAGCCCACGGAGCUCAGCGAGGUGGAGAGCGGCGAGCUGCGAUGGCCUCCGGAAAACCCCGAAAUGGAGGAAGACGAGGAGGAUUUAUUCCUGGAACAAUGCAUCCCCCCCGCAAACAUCGCAGACUGGGGAGACGAAGAGGAGGAAGAGGAGACGUCGGUUCAUCUGAACCAGCAGCAAGGCUUGACACUCAUCGACCUCCAGUCGGAUGCUUUUAGAGACGACACCCCCACUCUUCCCCCGAGCAGCGCUCCAGCCCUCAACUGACUUCACCUCAGAGGACCUGCGGUGAGGAAACAUCCUGAAGUUGAGUCUUGCAACAAUUGUGACGAAACACAGCGACACGGACUCUAACAGCGACAGAAAACGUGAACUAAAAAGCCAAUGAGGAAAACACCAGUAUUUCUAAAUAUGUCAGGAUGUCUACACUCAUUAACACAUUUCCAGACAUAAAGAAGUCAGCAAGGUGUCCUUUUAAACUUUUAGGGAACCUUUUGCUAACUCUGCGUUUCAUUUCCUGUGUUAUUUCCUACAUUUUUAAAGGGCUAAGUGAGGCAUUAGGGCUGAAGGAGCACACCCUGCUAUGGCAAGACAUGUUAUUUACUUUGUGUUCGGUUUUAUUUUACAAUUACGUCAUCCCUUUAGCCUGGACUUUAUCAAACAUCUUUCCCACCGGUGGCUUCUAAAGGGUUUAGCUUCACUUGGUUGUGGAUCCACUUUGCUUUUUGCUGUGGAGCAAUGAAAGAUGAGACCAGUGUAUUUCCUCUAAAUAUCUCAAGGAAGCCAUUAGUGGCAUGUAUCAUCAUGCAUUAUGAUUACUGACUCAUUCCCACAGUGUUACAACAAUCACUGGCGUUCUUUGUGGACAUUCAGUUAUUAAGCCAUGUUGAAGCAAACAAAACAAAAGCAGGCAGCUCUUAAUUUUCAU